AUGCAGCUCCAACGAUUCGUCAUCACAGCAAUCGUUUUCCCCCUUGCCAUGGCGGCUCCUAUCGCUACCGUUGCGUCCACACCCAUGACUCUCCGAGCACGUCAACUUCUGUGGACAUUUUUGGCUCCUUUUGGGCUAGAGCCUGUUGUUGAUGGGAUCAACGACACUCUUUUGGCAAUUGGAGCCAAGUAG